AUGGAGAGCAGACAAAAAGCCCACUCUAAGCUGGCCAACGAGCGAGUGGUGCAGCCUGUUGAGGAGCAGGAACCCAAGGACCCUCAGGCUUCCGAGAAGCGGAACUCGGAGGUGACGGAAACCCCAGCGCCUCCCAAGGCGGCGGGCAGGGAAGCCUCGACCCUCUCCAGUCACCUUGGCACCUUCUCUACAAAGCCACCUUGCUCAGAACAACUGGAACCCACCGUCACGUUCCUGUUUACACUCCUGAACACAUCUGAGCCCACUGAGCCCAAAGACCCUGAAUCGGACUCGGAGGUCCAGGAGUACCAGUUCCUAGAUCAGGAAGACUGGGGCCCCCAGCGGACCUCAAAGGAGAUCAGGCAGUUGCAGAAUGACUGCAUGAGGCUUCGGGAGUCACUGAACACCACCCAAGUGCACAACCUGGCCCUGGGGGAGAAGCUGCAAAACCUGCCCACCUUGUUGUAUAAGAGCCUGAAGGAGGGAGCCCAGGCCAUCCAGGAGGCGGCCCAGGCCAUCCAGGAUGAAGUGAAGGCCCUGCAGGAGGAAACCCAGGCCCUGCUGGAGGUGGCUCUGCUCAGGUGUUCGGGCAGCCGUGGCAGCGGGGAGGGAAGAGGCGGUUGCCCCACACUGCUCACUCUAGCUGUCUCUGCCUGCAGUGACCCAAACCCCCGGAAGGCAGGUCUCCUCUUCAUGCUGCCUGACCUGCCCCACAGCCACAGAGACCAGAGUCAGGCCUGGCUAGGCCCCAGGUCAGAGGUCGGACACCUCCUCGGGAGGCCACUCCAUCAGCCAGCUUCUCCCUAGAUCCUGGAAAUAAACUUAGAAGCUGAGCUUCAGCUCCGCCAAGUGUCUGUGGGCCCUGGGCUCAGGUGGGGAGCAGGAGGUCACCACGUCCACACUGAGCUCAGCCCCUCAGCCACCCUCUGACAUCACCCCCACUCCCUCAGUUCACCCAUCCUGGAUCUACCCCUCCCUGACAUGGCCCUGCCCUCCCCCUGCCCCUUACAGAAGGUUCCAGACCUGGUUGUUGUCAGCCUUGAGAUGAGAGCUCAAGGGUGAUGUUCCCAAGAUAAGCACUGGGGUGGGGCUGGAAAGGGGCCACAGUUCCUCCCCAGAUG